GAUAACACACACACACACAGAUAAAGCUCGAGUCUUUAAUCGAUGGCGGAGAUACAGCCACCGGAGAUCAACGGCGGGCAAUUCACGACGGGUUCGACGGAGGCUGCAGCGGCGGCGGCGGCGGUGGGGGCGAAGCGGCAGCGGAGGCCCAGCGUCCGAUUGGGGGAGAUCGGAGGAGACCAGCCCUACGAUUCGAACCCGCGGCGGGCGGCCAAGCAGUGGAGGCCGCCGCCGAUGGAGCAGCACCAACAGCGGAAGGAGUCGAGUAAGUCGUCAAAGACUCGGCCUUUAGUGAAUUUGAGCUCCGGCGGCGAGUUUGAUGAAACCCUAGAAAGGGAGGAGAGAGAGGGCAACCUCGAUAGCGUCGCCAUUGGGAGCUGGAAGGUGAAAGAGACCAAGAAGAGGGCUUCGACUGGGACCAAGAGGGUCAGAUCCAAUUGGGUCCCGGCCAAGAUUGACGAGGGCGGCGGCGGCGAGGAUGGGGAAGAUGGGUAUCGGGAAUUUGGGCCGGAGGAGUCGGAAAGCCCAAUGAAAGAGCAGAGCCCAAUUCAUUCCUCGGAGAAUUUGGCUUACCAUGGGAGUAGGAGAGCAAUUAGGAGUAGGGUUUUGGAGCAUGAUGGGGUUGAGCUAUCGGGGCCGUCGGAGAACAACGAUGGCAGGGAGUGGAAUGGGAGAGGGACUAGUAAUGGGAAUGAAGGGAGAGUUGGGUGUGGGGAAGAUGGGGUUAGGGUUUGGCUCAAUGGGUUAGGGUUGAGUAGGUAUGCCCCAGUGUUCGAAAUUCAUGAGGUGGAUGAUGAAGUAUUGCCAAUGCUGACUUUGGAGGACCUCAAGGACAUGGGGAUAAAUGCGGUUGGGUCCAGGAGGAAAAUGUACUGUGCUAUUCAGAAGCUUGGGAAGGGGUUUUCUUGAGGUUUUGUUUUUUGACUGUGGGUGAUUGAAAAAGACCAAAGCCGCAGACAUGGCAAUGUAAGAUACAUGCCUGAAGAAAAACUGGUUUGAGCUUUUGGUUAUACAAUUCUAUUUUGUCUCAAGUCUCAGCUCAUUGGUAAUUUCGAUGAGCAGGUUCUAUUUUUGGUUGCACUAUUACUUCUCUUUUUUAGUUGGAGUGCAAUUUCUGAUCCAUAUACUUAUUUUUAUAGUAAUGCUGAACUAGUUGUAGUUAUCUGUUGAUGGCCGUGUUUUCAUUUGGUCAUAGGACAGAAUGGGCUAAGGAAACUUCUGGAAUUGGUUCAAGGAAGGACCAUUUCUUGUAUUUUCCUUUCAGUUCUUCAUUUUUUUUUUUGUCAGCCAUGCAUUAUAUUUUUUAGUAGACGGACUGUCCAAUCACUCUAAUCUGUAUACUGAUAUUCCGAGGUAUGAAGAUGUCUCGUAUUGCUUUUAAGCUGUCUCUCUGUAGGCCCUCUUGUUGUUUGUUGAUGUUAAUUUAUACCAGAAAACUAUAGGAUCUCAUCUUC